AUGCCACCUCUCUUACUACGAUCACGUCUGCGGCUCUGCUUGGCUCGCCGCGCAAAUUUGCACACCACACGCCCAGCCCGCUCAAAACUCGAUACAGACGCCCUCCUCUCGACACCAACCUGGUCCCUCGACACUCUCCUUNNCCCUCUUCCUCCUCUUCUACCACCACAACACCGACAAUCACUUCAAAACAACUCCACCACCUCCUGCGCCUCUCCGCUCUCCCACCCCCAAAAGACAGCUCCGAGGAACAAAAANAUGUUGCAAUCUCUCCACCAACACCUCCACUUUGUCGCCGAAAUCCGCAAAGUCGAUACGACGAAUAUCUCUCCACUGCAAAGUCUACGGGAUGAAACCAGUGCUGGGACCAAAGAGCAAGAGAUUGGGUUAGAAGAGCUACGGGAUGCGUUUGAGAAAGAGCAAGUCAAGGGAAAGUACUACAAGAGGAUCAGACGGAGACAAGAGGAUGCUGUGGAGGGUGAGAGUGCAAAGACUUGGGAUGUCCUUGGUGCGGCGGGUAAGAAGGUAGGGAGGUUNUUUGUUGUUGAUGGUGGAAAGGAAGGAUAG